GUAACACGUAAAACUAAACAGAUGCCACUACCUCUCCUAGACUGAGGACGUCAGCGGGAGCAACUAACAUCACUCCCAGACGGAGAGAGGACCGAAAAGAAACGGGCACAAGCGACGAUUAAACCUAGACGGCCCUAGUUAGUCAGCUCCAAGAGAAAUCCAGGUGUUUUUGUUAGCCAACAAAACAGCGUUUCUCUGGCACGAAAAGGUCAGCUCAUCAGGUGGCAGAAAUACCGCUAUGGCCCAGGAGACCAAUCAAAGCCCAGUUCCUAUGCUCUGUGCCACUGGCUGUGGUUUUUAUGGCAACCCCAGGACUAACGGCAUGUGCUCCGUGUGCCACAAGGAGCAUCUGUCACGACAGAACAAUGGAGGAGUUGGUUCUUUGAGUGGAGUGGGCAGCAGCAGUAGCUCCACAGCUGAGGCUUCUGCCAUCCAGAGGUUAGAGGCCACCCUGAAUAAUGCUGCGGCUGCUGCGGUUGCUGCUGCAGAGGUGGCAGCUGAGGCCGCUGCUGCCUCUGAUGCUGCUGCUGCCGCCGCCACAGAGACACUCAGUGGGAUUUCACCUGCCAUUUCUGUAACACAACAGAUGACUGAGAUGAGUCUCUCCUCUGAGGAGAAAGGAGCGUCAGGCAGUAAAGUGGAGCUCAUAGAGCCAGUUGUGAGUCAGCCAGCCGUCUCAGCCUCGCAUCCCUCCACUGCUGGCAGUGAAGACUCCAAAUCCCCCGAGCCCCCCAAACCCAAGAAGAAUCGGUGCUUCAUGUGUCGUAAAAAGGUUGGCCUUACAGGCUUUGACUGUCGCUGUGGAAAUCUGUUUUGCGGACUUCACCGUUACUCCGAUAAGCACAACUGUCCAUACGACUAUAAAGCUGAAGCUGCCGCAAAGAUCCGCAAGGAGAACCCUGUUGUAGUUGCUGAAAAGAUCCAGAGAAUAUGAAAACUGGGAGUUUGACUUUGAAGCCUGGAAGUGAUCGCCUUUCAGACAAUGGACUCUAGCCCGACUUUUCCUCCCGAAGGACUUGUUUGUUUUUUUUUUCUCUUGUUACACAUCAGGGUGUUUUGGGGCCCCCUGUGCAUGGAUGUUCACAUGUUUUCAGCUUCUUGUUUGUGUGUGAGUUAAACACUUUAACAGGGUUGUAUUGAACUAAAGAAAUGUUGGGAUUGAAGUGAGGCGGUUUUGUGUCACAGUAACCGGCUGAUGUUGGAGAAAAAUGUGAUUGCCCUUUAGAGGGAAGGGGGGGAGGAAAAAAAACCCUUCCUUGCCGGUUUUUUGUGAUCCUCCUGAAAUCGCUUGAACUUCGCGUGGAAUGGGGCUCUGAUGGCCUUGGACUCUGGGACUUCUCAGCUGUGCUUGCUCUCUGCUGGCUUGAGUAGCAAAAUGGAUAUCUUGCUUUUCCGUUUGCAGCCGUCGCUCUGUGAAGUUAGUGUUUAACCCUCCCGUCUUGCCAGAGUUUGGUAAGUUUUUAUCUUCUUGGACUUUGUUUCUCUCUGGCUCAUAUUCUUUCCCAGAAACCUAAGGUAGUUAGACCGUUUUCUCUCCCAUUGAUUUUGGACAGAUGACUGCUUCAAACCGUCCACAAAUUCCUUUUUCUGUUUUUUUUGUUUGUUUGUUUGUCUUUGGAUGUCUGGUUAGUGUGUCAUACGCUAAAACAUUUGGGAGGGUUUAGCUCCUUCAAUAAUCAUCUUACUUCACUAUUGAAUGUUUUCUUCAGGUUUUUAAUGUGAGUUGAAUUGACAGUGUUGGGAGUGUUGAAUGAGGUGGUGACUUAGUGAAGUUAGUUAUCAAUAAUUUACCAUUUCAGUUGGUUUUUGGUCCGGCUGCUUAAUCAUCUUGGUUUUGACCCCUUUUCAGUCAUGCAAGUUUGUACAAACCUCUUUAUUUAUACACUGUCGUGUGCUUAAUCUUCUAAUAAUACAGAAUAAAUUGUACGAUUGUAAAUAAAUUAUGUUCACCACUAAAGGGUAAGGAGGUCACGGCUUGUCAUUUUGUUCUUGUCUUUCAUGCUUUAGCUUAAAGUCAGGAUUAGGGUUAAUAAGCCCCCAAACAAGACUUGCCUGUUAACAUUAAGCCAGCAUAAUAAGAAAAAUUCGGACUGUCCAUACACAAGGAUCACUAGGCAACUAACGUGAAAUGUACAAAAAAUUAGUCUGAUCAAAUUUGUCAAAGUGACCUGCAUCAAGAAGCUUUGGAGUAAUAUUAGAGACUGAGAGGUUGACAUAACUGUGUCUGCAUACUGUAAGGCGGCAUGCCAGACUCCUGGCUCAGACUCAGAUUGAUCUUGUGGGCUGGAGCAUUGAAGGUCCUCUGUCUCUAAGGGAAGCUAAGUUUUAAGUACAAAUUUAAUCCCUGAGAUAUCUUGAUAUAAAUGCAGUUUUAGAAGUAAAUCUUAAUUUUUCCACAUCAUGAAGAAAUGUUGCUGUAGUAAAUGGAAAAUCUUUCAGCAUGUCUGUGCAGGAGCUUAAAUUGUAAGAAAUGUGUCAAAUUACAGGAAAAAAUCCUGGUAGCACUCUAGCUUUUCCAGAUGGUCCAUAAAGUAAGUAAAUUUUAUUUUCUCUUUCACAUUUUCUAAAGACAUCCCAUGGGUUGGAUGGGAGUCUUUCCUGUGCUAAUUGUGGACCUGGGCCUGAUACUUGAUACCACCCAUCAUCAUCAUCAUCAUCACAAUCACAUAAAUUACAAAAUGAUAGUUUUCUAUUCAGGUUUUAUUAUCUUGAGAGCUUGAGAAGAAGGUGACUCGACUUCUUUAAGACUACAGUGACUGGCAUGAGAAAACUACAGACAUGACUUGAAAACAAACUUUAAUAAAUACUGUUAAAGCUACACUGCUCAUAGUCCUGCUUUUGUGGCUGUUUGUGAAGGUAUUUACCUACUUGGAGUGAGGAUUAUAGGUAUACAACCUAUAUAGAUGAGCUGGGUUCCUCCAGCAAAUUCAGUAUAUAUACAUACCUUGCUUGAUAUAGCUCAACAUGAAAGCAGAGGAAAAGUGAGACAAAAACAUAUAAGGCACAGACAGCACAUAGACUCACUUAUCCUGAAUCACACUAGGGAAAAUGAUGUUUGGAGACUGGGUGGAAAAAUGGUCUGCAUCAACUUGCUGUCAGUUGCCAUCUUCAAGGCAACUUUGGUACCAUUAAACGGCAAUAAGAUACUGCAACCUGUUUAAAUGAAUGGGGUGAAGGUGGCUUGAGAUUUGUUUGGGAUAAAAUGAUAAAAAGCUGCCAAAAAACCCAACCCAUCUGAUAAAUUGCCACAAUAUUAUAAAAGGGAAAAGUUUUGUGCAUCCUGAGAAAGAAAGUACUGGAGAACUCAGCAACUCAAAAGACCUGGACGUCCAAAGAAGACAACAGUGGUGGAUGGUUCCAGAAUAAGUUCCGUGGUGAUGAGAAACUCCUUCACAACAACAAGCCAAGUUAACAAUAUCGAUACCCUGACCGCUUCAGGUAUCGAUAUCCAAAUCUACCAUAAAGACAAGACUGCAUGAAAGUAAAUACAGAGGGUUCACUGCAAGGUGCAAGCUAUUCAUAAGUCUCAAGAAUAGAAAGGCUUGAUUGGACUUUGCUCAAAGAAGAAGAAAACAUUUUCUAAAACAGCCGUCAUAGUUCUGGAAAAACAUUCUUUGGACAGAUCGUCUACCAGAACGACAUUCUUAAAUGGCCACCUCAGUCACCUGAUCUUAACCCAAUUGAGCAUGCAUUUCACAAUGAAACCUUAGAAAAUUAGGAUUCAACUUUGUCAUUACACAUGUAUAAAUAAAUGUUUUUGCAUAAUAAAUACACAAAUGUAGGACUUUUUAACAGUAUUUUCAUGAGUUUUAGUCCCCUACCCCCAUUAAAGACCUCACCUUUGAUCAUUACAACAAAGUCACUGAGUGAUAGAUAAUUAAACGACAGAAAAGUUCCCGAUUUCUGUUUUUCAGUUUUGUUUUGUUUUAACAAAAAAAAAAAGUAAAAUAAAAAUGUAGAACUCUGAAGUAACAAAAACCUUCCAUUUUAUAAUUACAGGACAGUCUGGAAAAUGAGCUGCCAAUUUUACACAUUUAUUUCUUACAUUUUAAGCUCAAAGAUUUGUUCUUUACAGUGAGACUUUUGGGAUACUUGCUCUACUGUGACUGAGCCAUUGAUAGUCCACAGACUGGUUGUUUGUGACACUGACCCCCUGGUGACAGUAAUGAGCUACAGCAUGCUGUUCACAGGACCAAUGUUUGAAACUGUACACGAGGCAUGUCAAUAAAGAUGUUCAUCUUGAAUAUUUCUUUCAUUUUUAUAUGUGUUGUUUUUUGUUUUGUUUUUUUUGAUUGGUAAGUGAGUGAAAGUUGCAUUUUAC